GUCCCUUUCCUGGGGAAGCGCCAGCACCACACCUGCCCCUGUUCCCCCAACUUCACCUGCUCCAGGUUCCUCGACGGCCGCUACCGCUGCUCCCUGGACUUCAAGAACAUUGAUUUUUAG